AUGUUCCGUGUCAAGAUUAAUAUUAACAUCUCUGCCUUUGGAAUAGAUGCUCAGGAAUUAUCAAGGUCACUACCCAGCAUUCCAACAUCUUCUAUCCCAUUUCCCGCACAACAUGUGAUUCUGCAAGCUCUUCAACGCCACCUUGAAGGUCACAUCUUUCGGUUUGUUCAAAAAUGGCUCUUGGCCGAAUCUCAUGCCAUAGGAUGGACUCCGCCUGCACACUCGAUUCAAAGGUGGAAUCGCGUGGUCAGUAGUAUCCGCCAUGCUUCUGUUCACCGCAUCUUACAAGCCCCAGAUACUUUGCUUCGAAUGGUACGAUAUGCGAUCGGCUUCUUGGAAAGCAUUGCCGGUGUGACAAGCUCAAGAAGCCUUCGCCGACUUCAUCGCUUCCUGAAGACCAUGCUUACCAGCUCAGACCGUCUGGCAGCUCAGCUGAGAGAUAAGGUGAACAUGCAGAUCCUGCUGUGUAACACUCAUCCUGAGCAGCUCGGUCGCCGACUGCAGUUAUUACCAGAAGCCUUGAGAAGGGUUCUUCAAAAAACGAACAAAGCAUGGUGUCUCAGAUUCAAGAUUUUCUACAGCUUGAAUUUGCAUAAAGUCGAGGACAAUGAGAGCCCGGCGAAAGCUUUCUUUUUAAAAGGUAUUAAAUUGCAAUUUAAUACUUUUUAA